AUGGCGGCCUUUUCAUCCCCAGAGCUUCUUCGCCAUCUUCUGACUGCUUUGGACAGUUCGGAGAUUUCGCUGCUCUGCGCAUCAUCCAGGGCGCAGCGAGAACAACUCAAGUUUCUGCAUACGUUUGCCGUCAAGUUCAGGCGCGACAUCGUGGUAGAAGAGGUUGCUGUAGAGUCCUUGCAGAAGGCAGUGGCCACGUUGUCAAGUUUGCAAAGCUUUGCCAUUGGUUUGGCAUAUCAGACCACUCUGCGCCAGAGCAUUUGCCAACUGACCCAGAGCCUUUGUAAGCAUCCACUGACGAGUUUGACCCUUGACUUGCGCCGCUGCUGGCUUGGAGAUGAUGGCUCGCAAGGCCUGGCAAUGUCCUUAUCUGUGUUGCGAUUGAAGCAUCUAGAUCUUCGCCUCAGCUUCAACAAGAUCUCAAGCAGAGGCGCAAAUGAGUUGUCAGAAGCUUUGGCACCUUCUCUUGUGGAUAUCGUUUUGCACAUUGACAUCAACCUCAUCGGUCGGAGUGCCCCUAAGUUGCUCUGUGCUGUGCUACAUGCCCAGCGAGCUCAUAUUGAUUUGGCUCACUGUGGGCUUGGUCAUGUCGCCCUGCAGCUCGCAGAUACGCUGGAGAGCGCGGAGGACAAUCCAAAUCCCGUUGUGUACGGGAGUGGACAAGCAAUCCAGUUUAGAUCUUUGCAGGAACUUCUCGAAAUUACCGACUUGCAAGAUGAGUUGACACCACAGGAGAUAUUCGAAAGUCUGCGACACCUGACAGAUCCAGAGCAUCCGAACCUAUCCCUGGAGCAGCUGAAGGUGGUCGAGUCCGGCCAUGUAUGGGUCAAUGACACGGCCAACACGGUUUUCGUGCGCUUCACACCGACCGUCCCCACUUGCAGCGUGGCAACCUUGAUUGGCCUGACCAUCAAGGCCAAGCUUCUUCGCUCGCUUCCUCGUAGAUACAAAAUUGAUGUGGAAAUUACACCCGGAACUCACAACUCUGAAGACCAGGUCAACAAACAGCUCGCAGACAAGGAGCGAGUUGCAGCUGCUCUGGAAAAUCCAGCUCUGCGGAACCUCAUCAACAAUGGUAUCGUCCGGCACCCAGGCACCCGCCACAGGGGCGGAGCUGUGCUCACGGAGGCAAGGACCUCGGAAUCUCCGGCCGUCGCAACGAGGUCCUUGAAGUACUGGCAGCGGUGGCACGGGAUUCGCUUGAAUUGCACACGGCGGUCAGCGGAUGUCAGCGGAGGUCCCACCGCGGCCGAGGAGGAGGAAGAAGUCGCAAAGAAGUCCGGUUACACGCCAGGACCUCAGCCUGUGCAUUUGCUGAAGAGCAGUGAAGAUUCAGCAACAAUGCCGUAUUGGAAACGAGAUAUUGAUGAUGCUCAUGUUCUUCCGGACAACCGGCCACAGAAGAUUGAUGGAGACCAGCCAGCCCAGGCUCUGCCCAAGGCAGAUUCUGUGAGCUCCAGUUGGAACUCUGCCGGAACAUGGGAGGAGAAGGACAUGGGCGUGGCUGCCCGAACAGAGCUCGAGAAGAUUUUGGGGGACGAAGACUUCUUCCUCCUCCAGCAGGAUGACAGGAACAAGGUCCAAGCCACGAAGGUGACCGUGACGGGAGAUUCAUCGGCAUAUCACAUUCGUGGAAGGCCGCGGCUUGGCUUCGAGUUCACCGUGAAGCUUGCGUGGAAAGGCUUCUUCGAGGGAGAGGAGGUCGUCGGCGAACUAGAAGUGCAGGACCUGGACUCCAGUGAUCUGGAUGGUUUUGAGAUCAGGCCGAAGCCAAAGACAGGUGAAGCUUCUAAGCGUGCAGCUGCAGCGUUGAAAAGCGGCGCAAGGCCAGCCAUCAAGAAGGCAGCAGAACUGUUGAGCCAGCGCUUGCUGGUGAGGCACCGUACCUGCAUUCUCGGGUUCAGGGUACUGACGAUGCCAUCCGACUGUGCAGGUGACGAGUCGCGUAUGUGA